AUGGUCGCGCAAAGGUGGGCUGACACCGGUCUUCCCCCCAACUGGGAAGUGCGCCACUCCAACUCCAAGGGCCUGCCCUACUACUUCAACGCCGCCGACAUGGUGUCGCGGUGGGAGCCCCCCGCCGGCACCGACAGCGACAAGCUCAAGCACUAUAUGGCCACCCACCACAGCGCCGGUCAGCGGCCCGGCGCCGUCCCGGGCGUCCCGGAGGGUAAGAUUCGCGCUGCUCACCUGCUCGUCAAGCACCGCGACAGCAGGCGGCCCAGCAGCUGGAGAGAGGCUGAUAUUACCCGCUCCAAAGACGAGGCCAUGGACAUCAUUAAAGCUCAUGAGCAAAAGAUUCGUUCUGGCGCAGUCACCCUCGGCGACCUAGCGCCGACCGAGUCGGACUGCUCCUCGGCGCGCAAGCGCGGCGAUCUCGGCUACUUCGGUCGCGGCGAGAUGCAAAAGGAGUUUGAGGAUGCCUCGUUUGCUCUCAAGCCCGGCGAGAUGAGCUCUAUUGUCGAGACGGCCAGCGGGUUGCACUUGAUUGAAAGACUCGAGUAA